AUGUCAUCUUCCACCAAAGUAGAACCGGGCAACAACAGCAACAACAACAGCAAUAGCAGCAAGAAAUCCAUCAAGGUGGACAUGUCCACUCGCAUUGGUGGUCGAGUGGUACAACCGGCACUACCCGUAGUCGAUUCGGCUCCUCCCACGGCGACCGAACUCUCGUUCAAUGCGUCUCUCGACCAGUUUUGCAGCGCCAAUAUUCCCUUGGAACCGACGGAUGGGAUUCAAACCCGGGAACGCGUCUUGAACCGGAUGGGUGCCGUCUGUCGCGCAUGGAUCAAGGGCGUCUGUCACAAACGAGGACUACCACCCGAUGUGGUGGCGACCGCGGGUGGAUCCCUCUUUACUAGUGGCAGUUACCGCCUAGGCGUCCACGAACCCGGUGCCGACAUUGAUACCAUUUUGGUAGCGCCGCAUGUCUGUUCGCGUCUCGAUUUUUUUGGAGAAGUAUUGACAUCCAAUGAUGGCAAAGAGACGCGAGAUCCAGAGUCUCUUGCGGAACGCAUCAAACGACAUCCCGACGUGACCAAUUUUGUGCCGGUAGAAGAAGCGGCCGUUCCUAUUUUGACAUUUGAUUGGGAAGGCAUCAAUAUCGAUCUACUCUUUGCCCGUCUCAAUUCCAAUUCCGUCCCGGCUGAUUUUGAUAUUGACAAUGAUGCUGUAUUGGAUGGUGUUGACAGUGCCACGGAAAAAUCACUCAAUGGACCGCGCGUCACCAAUCUCAUUGCCGCUCUUGUCUCGGGCACUCCCGAACGCUAUCAGACGUUUCUGGCAGUCGUCCGCGUCGUUCGCAAAUGGGCCAAAGCACGGGGUCUUUACUCCAACAAGAUGGGAUACUGGGGCGGUGUCAAUAUCAACAUUGCCGUGGCACUCUGUGUCCAACUCUAUCCCGUCGCCACUCCGGCAUCACUACUGCGCAAAUUCUUUUUGGUAUUCAAGACAUGGCGAUGGCCCAAUCCCGUCAUGCUGACCAAACCGCACGAUGCCAAUUUGGGAUUGACCGUAUGGAAUGCCCAUUCCGUCAAUAAUGCCCGUCAAGUGGCACCCAUUAUUACACCGGCAUAUCCUGCCAUGAAUUCGACUCUGAGCAUGACACGACAAACACUGCAAAUUAUGCACGAAGAAUUUUGUCGGGGACAUGAAAUUGUGACGCGGUUGUGGAAACAGCAUGAAGCGGACUCUGCGUCGGAAUUGGAAUGGAAGGAACUUCUGGAACCCUCCGAUUUCUUUAUUGCCUAUCCACAAUACUUAUCGUUGUGUAUUGUCGGACCGACCCAAGAAGAUGCCCAAAAAUGGAUUGCCUUUUGCGAAUCGCGAUUGCGCAAAUUGACAUCGGAUAUGCUAGGGCGAUCCUUACCCCUGUCCAAAAUUCAAUUGUGGCCCAAAAAGUUGGAAGCGUGCAUUGCCGAUCGAUCGGCAUUAUUGACGCUGGCGCAACGCAAAAAUUGCAUCACGUACAUGAUUGGAUUUGCCGUCGACAAAUUGCGCAUGCGAGGCGAUCAACUCAAUGUGGAACAACAAUUGCACAAUUUUCGAGAAUGGGAAUUGUCUCGGUUUCGCGAUAUUGUGCCAGGAAUGGAUGUCUGUGCCAAGACAUUUCGCGUCAAGGAAUUGCCACAAGUCUGUUUUGACGGCAUUUACGAAGGUGGCAAGGCAGAAGCCAUGAAGAAACGACGCGACCGAUUGGAAGCCGAUCCCAAACGACAAGAAAAGAAACGAUUGGCGCGAUUGGCGGAAUUGAAACAGAAAAUGGCCGAAAUUCAAAAGCAAAAACAGCAACAAAAGGAAGAAGAAGCUGCCGCCAAACAAGAAGAAGAGGAUGCCAAGGUUGUCGCCGAUAAGGAUGAUGAUGAUGAUGCCAAGGAUGAUGAAACUAUGGCGGAGGAGGACGAAGAUGGAACGAAAAAACGCAAACGAGACGACAAUGACGAAUCGGAUACGGCCACGGAUUUGGUCCAGGUCAAGGAAGAGAUCGCGGCAGUGGCACAAGAAGAACCCACGGCAGUCGAAGAAGAAGAAGAUGCCAAUCUACUCCAAAGUGCUUUGGAUACGUUGGGCGGAGACGUGACGCGGGAAGAAGCCGAAGCGGAAAAGCGCAAACUACUCGACGGGACACUCGUGGAGGAAGGGCCAUAUCAGGCGGACGAGGAUGACGAAGAAGAAUACACGGGGGACUAUCGUGACAAUGUGGUGUUGUUGCGUACGGCUGCCGACGCGGGCAAGGGCAGCACCAGCAAGCAUAGCAAGUACUACUUGCCCGUGCCAGAGGAAGAUCGUGAAAUGCUGCGCAAGGUGGGAAUCAACCUGGUAAGUGAUGAGGAUGUGGAAGUCAUCAAGAGCUUGCCACCGCCCUGGUGGGGAGAAGCCGUCGAGAGGAAAAAGAAAAAGGCCAAGGGCCCCGUGUUUACCAAGAAUUCCAAAGUCAUCUUCAAGGAAAAGUUUGACAUUGUGGAACUGGACGCGGAAGGAUUUGUGAUUGACAAGGGAGAUGACGAUUUCCAUCCGAGCAAAACUUGGACCGGACGUCAAGCGGGCUUUGAAUUCAAGUUGGGUCAACGAGGUCAGGGGUACUAUCGAACGGGCAAGAAAGUGGUGGUGCCGUCCAAUGUGUCGUAUUCUUGCUAG